UACUAAGACGCUGAGCACCAGCACCUCUACGGACAGAGACCGAGGCUAAGGAGAGUCGAACCCACUGACCGGAGCAAAUGAACUUGGACAAGACGGAAGCUGAGGCUGGCAAGGGGUGGGCCGGAAGUGCUGGUGUUAGAUCUGCUGCGGGUUGCAGGCUGUGUAGCCGAGUAAGGAAGGUGGGAUGAGGGGACGGACGGAACGUACAGCGACCCUAGCGUAGAGGGGAGGGAUCCGGAUGCGGCUGGCUGUAGGUCGGAGGCAAGAGAAGACAAAGUCAUUUAAGGAGCAGACAGUUAGAAACAUCUAAAACUUCUAUGGGACAACCCAAAGGCUUUCUUUCAAAACUUCGACCAGCAGAAGUAAUAAUCCCAGCAGAGGAUGCGCUUAAUCCUUCAGAGACCAUUCACAUGUUCGAAGCACAUUCUACAACCCCCAGACCCAACUCUAGGAAUGAAGUAAUUCCACAUAGGCCUGGUCUUAUUCAUGUAAUUUCAGUUUCAAGUAUAGCUUUUGUCAUUGCCCUGUUAUGUGGGCUCCUGAUCUCCUAUGUGAUACAUCGCCUGGUAAAAGCUGAGGAAAAACAGCAGCUUGCAAUGUUGUAUGAAAACAUCGAGAUUCCACUUAUAGAUGAGAAAGAGGCUUCUAAAGAUGAUAGUUAUAGUGCAUCUUCUCAGCUGCAUCCAGAGGAUGAGGAGCUGGGAAAAUUCAUUGGUUCAGUUAUUAAAACAAAAAGAAUGGAAAACAUUAAGAAGAAAAUGAAGAAGGAGCAAAAUGUAUUGAAGGGAACUACAUCAGAGAAUUCUAGUUAUACCGAAAAUGUGGAGAAUCACAAAAAAACACAGGAAGAUGGAAACUCAGGAAAUCUGUGAAAACAAAAGGAAGAUGUACCAUGUGCUAGACAAUGUGGAGACUAAACUGCAGACAACAAAAACAUAAACAGGACUUCUAGAGAACCUUGCCCAAGGACAUUCUACAGAAAGAAACAUGAGAAGCAUAUAGCAGAAAAUAAAUCCAUACGAUACCUGAACGCUUGCUUUUUAGCUGUGAUAAUCCAUGAAUAACUAUAACUUGAGUGGAAUGUAGGAAACAGCCCAAGUUCAUAAACACUGAAAGACAGAUUCUUAGGAUUUUGUUCUCUGGCUCCAGACCAGAAAGACUGCUUAGUCCUUUUUUUUGGGGGGGGAGGGGGGUUGUCUUCCUGACUGUGAUAGCAAAA